AUGGGAUGGGGAAACAUCUACAAAAGACGGAUGAAAGUUUGCACAGUUGCAUUAAUGAUAUACCUUGAUUACAAGGCUUUGCAGCAACGGGAGAAAUGGAUUAGCAAAACUAAAGGAGCUACUUUAUGGGAAAGUGCUCAUGAGCGCAAUGCUAAACGUGUUCUCAGUUUGAUAAUAGAGUUGGAAGGUUUGUGGGUGAAACUUGGGCAGUAUCUAUCUACAAGAGCAGAUGUACUUCCUGAGGCAUAUAUUAGCCUUCUCAAACAAUUACAGGACUCUCUUCCUCCUCGUCCUUUGGAAGAGGUUUGUCGAACCAUACAGAAAGAGUUCGGAAAAUCAAUGGAUGAGUUGUUCUUAGAUUUUGUGAAAGUUCCUUUGGCAACAGCAUCAAUAGCACAAGUCCAUCGUGCUACCCUGCUUAAUGGGCAGGAAGUAGUUGUUAAAGUUCAACAUGAGGGCAUCAAGACAAUUAUUUUGGAGGACUUGAAGAAUGCUAAGUCAAUUGUUGACUGGAUAGCAUGGGCAGAGCCUCAAUUCAAUUUUAAUCCUAUGAUAGAUGAAUGGUGCAAAGAAUCUCCCAAAGAACUUGACUUCAAUCAUGAAGCUGAGAAUACCAGAACAGUGUCUAAAAAUCUUGGCUGCAAAACCAAAUGUGACGAUAACACACGUGCUGAUCAAGUAGAUGUUUUGAUUCCAGAGGUUAUUCAGUCAACAGAGAAAGUCAUCAUUUCAGAGUUUAUGGAUGGCAUUCGUUUAAAUGACAUAGAAUCACUGGAAGCAUUUGGUGUUGACAAACAAAAGGUUAUUGAAGAAAUCACACGUGCAUAUGCCCACCAAAUCUAUAUUGAUGGAUUUUUUAAUGGAGACCUCAUCCUGGUAUCCCUCUUCCCCUCCGCUGUUUUGUUUCAAUUCGUUAGUCAACAAGUUUCCAAAAUAUUAUGUUCUACUUGGUUUAUUGCUCUGAGUCCCUUUUGCAGGAAACUUUCUUGUGAGCAAGGAACCUCCACAUCUUCCUGUUUGCUUGACUUUGGGCUAACAAAGAAAUUGUCAAGCUCUUUUAAAAAAGCGCUAGCAAAGAUGUUCUUGGCAUCUGCUGAGGGGGACCACGUUGCUCUAUUGUCUGCUUUUGCAGAAAUGGGUCUUAAAUUGCGCCUGGAUAUACCAGAGCAAGCAAUGGAGAUAACAAGUGUAUUCUUCCGUAGUACAACACCAGCCAACGAGUCUCAUGAAACAAUGAAAUCUUUGGCCGAUCAAAGAACAAAAAACAUGAAGGUUAUACAGGAUAAGAUGCAACUUAACAAAAAGGAGGUUAAACGCUUUAAUCCUGUUGAUGCAUUUCCAGGUGAUAUUGUAAUUUUUGCACGAGUCCUCAAUCUUCUCAGAGGGCUUUCUUCCACAAUGAAUGUCCGCAUUGUAUAUCAAGAUAUCAUGAGACCAUUUGCCGAAUCCGUUUUACAAGGAAACAUUAAUAGGGGACCAAUGGUAAAUGAUCAGUGGGUCUAUGAUACACCUGCCCACUCUGAUGUGGAGGCCAAGCUGAGGCAACUCCUAGUUGAGAUGGGGAAUAACAAUAAAAUACUUGGAGUUCAGGUAUGUGCCUACAAAGAUGGUAAAGUUAUUAUUGACACUGCUGCUGGAGUGCUUGGUAGAUAUGAUCCUCGUCCAGUUCAGCUUGACAGCCUUUUCCCGGUUUUUUCUGUAACAAAGGGUAUAACAGCUGGAAUGCUACAUUGGCUGGCUGACACUGGAAAAUUGAAGCUGGAGGAAAAUGUAGCAAAUAUAUGGCCAGAAUUUGGAUCAAAUAGAAAAGAUCACAUAAAGGUCCAUCAUGUGCUUAACCAUACAUCCGGACUGCACAAUGCGUCGGCAGACAUUGGCAGAGAAAACCCUUUGCUUAUGGCUGACUGGGAGGAGUGUUUAAACCGCAUUGCCAUGUCAGAACCUGAGACUGAACCUGGCCGGGAGCAGUUCUAUCACUAUCUUAGUUAUGGUUGGAUAUGUGGUGGAAUCAUUGAGCAUGCAUCAGGGAGGAAAUUCAAAGAGAUUCUUGAAGAAGCAUUCAUUCACCCCCUCCAAAUUGAAGGCGAGAUGUAUAUUGGAAUCCCUCCAGGUGUGGAAUCUCGACUUGCUACCCUUACACCAGAUACAGAGGAUUUGAAGAAGCUUUCGGGACUUAGCAGUCGAACGGACCUGCCAUCCUCUUUCCAGCCAGACAACAUUAUACAACUUGCUUCUGUAUUGCCUGCUGUAUUUAACAUGCUAAACAUUCGUCGUGCCAUAAUACCUGCAGCUAAUGGACAUUGCUCAGCUCGAGCUCUUGCACGUUAUUAUGCAGCCUUAGUUGAUGGUGGUUUUGUUCCACCGCCUCAUUCCUCUUCCUCUAAGCCAGCUCUUGGUAGCAACCCUCACAUUCCCAAGUAUCCUGUUAAGAGCUCACCCAAAAAGCAAAAAGGUGGCAGAACCAAGAAGGUAGCUGCUGCUUUCAGGUGCAGAACAAAUAAAUAUGAGCAGACACCACAAGACCCGGACCAGGAUAUCGUUAGUCACAGUAGAAACACGAGCAACGAUAGCGACACCGGUUUGACUGAGGUCAUUGUGAGUCCCAAAAAAGACAAUGAUGGUAAGAUCUUUAGCAACCCCAGAAUUCAUGAUGCUUUCUUGGGUGUGGGGGAAUAUGCAAAUUUGGUUAAGCCAGAUGGGAACUUUGGACUUGGGUUUAAGAGGUAUCGUUCGAAGGACGGGUCCCUUAGUGGAUUUGGACACUCGGGAAUGGGUGGAUCCACGGGUUUUGUUGAUAUAGAAAACAGGUUUGCCAUUGCUGUGACUGUGAAUAAAAUGACAUUUGGAGCUGCGACUGGAAGGAUAAUUCAGUUUGUUUGUUCAGAGUUAAAUAUCCCAGUGCCAGAGGAUUAUUCAAAAUUCGCAGAAAGCGGAUCUGAGGUGGGAAAACCUUUGAUCAAUUGA